UGCAUGCUCGGCAUGCAGCUUACAAAUAAUGGCGGCACUGCUUCCUUUGCACCAAGCUGCGCGGCGAUCAUGGCGGCGCUGCCCUGCUUUCGCUUUGGUCUCCUCCGCCUGGCCACCUUGGUUGCCAUGCUGGUGCAACAAGCCCGUCUGGUGCCUGUGGCCAUGGCGCAAACCAAUAACCUGACCGCGGGAGACGCCUUGACGCCGCCCCGGUACAUCACCAGUCCGUCCGGCGGCUUCGCCUUCGGCUUCCGCGCCCUCGACUCCGACCCGACAAAGUUCGUCCUCGCCACAUGGUUCCGCUUCGCGGACGACGCCAACUCCUCCCAGCCGCAGCCGCAGUCCGUGGUGUGGUUCCUGAAACAGACGACCAUGGGUAGCGCGCUCGUCGCCACCGCGACGUCCGUCCUCAACAUCACGGGCGACGGCCGCCUCAGGCUCACAGACCGCGGCGACCAAGAGCUGUGGAGCGCCACGACUGGCAUGCAGCGCGGGUCCGUCCUCGCGCUGAGCGACUCCGGCAACGUCCAGUUCCUCGGCGACGGCGACAUCGUGCUCUGGGAGAGCUUCCGGAACCCGACGGACACGCUGCUCCCAGGGCAGCCCUUGUCCUCGAGUUACUCGCCAGGGGGAUUCCUCGUCUCCAAGCGCGCGGACACGGAGUUCGGGACGGGACGGUUCAGCCUGGCAGUCCAGCCCGACGGCAACGUCGUCCUCUACCUCGACCUCUUCACCGCUGACUACAGAACGACCAACGCCUACUGGGCUACGCGCACCUACGGCCCCAAUGGCAACACGACCGUCACCUUCGACAACCAGGGUUUCCUCAACUACACGCUUCAAGAUGGCAGCGUUCACGGUUUGAUUUCGCCGAAAGGUUCCAACGGCGGCAACUACUUGCAGUUGGGGAGGAUGGACACUGACGGCAUCGUCCGCACCUACACCCGCUCUAGAUACGGUAGCGGGGCCACGCCUUGGACAGUGUCGGGAGCACUCCCCGGUGACGGAGGCUGCAACAGGGCAACGUCCUCGAGGCAAGGCUUGUGCGGCCCGGGGUCUUACUGCGUGCAGACGAUAGACAGGCUCAGCUGCCUGUGCCCCACUGGCUACACCUACAUCGACGCGCAGCACACCAAUAUCGGCUGCACGCCGGAGUUCGGCCCGUCGGCGAGGAGAAAGAUACUACGUCCCUACAAGAUCGUCACCGUUUGCCUGUUCUGUCUCCUGUUGAUCACCAUCGGCGGCCUCGUGGCACAGCAUUACCUCAUCAGAACCAGUGAUAGCCAGCGGCCGUUGAACUCUGGUGUGAGAGUAUUCAGCUGGAAGGAGCUCUACCAAGCCACCAAUGGAUUCGAGAGUCUGCUGGGCAAAGGGAGCUUCGGGGAGGUCUACAAAGGGACGAUAAGAUCGCCACAGCCGCAUCUCAUCGCGGUGAAAAAGCUCAUCGACUCCAACGAGUACAGUGAGCAGGAAUUCACAAACGAGGUGCAGUCCAUCGGGCAGAUCCACCACCGGAACCUGGUCCGUAUGAUCGGCUACUGCAAAGAAGGCAGACACCGGAUGUUGGUCUUCGAGUUCAUGCCGGGCGGGUCGCUCCGUAGCGUCCUCUUCGUCGACCAAGAGAGGCGGCCCCUGUGGAGCUGGCGUGUUGAGGCCGCCCUCGCCAUCGCCCGGGGGCUCGAGUACCUCCACGAUGGCUGCAGCGCCCCUAUCAUCCACUGCGACAUCAAGCCCGACAACAUCCUGCUGGACGACCAUGGCGUCCCGAGGAUCACCGACUUUGGGAUCUCCAAGCUGCUCGGGAGCCAGCAAGUGCACACCACGGUGACCAACGUCAGGGGCACCAGAGGAUACAUCGCGCCCGAGUGGCUCCGCAGCGAUGCGCGUGUGGACACCAAGGCGGACGUGUAUAGCUUCGGCGUCGUGCUACUGGAGAUGAUUUGCUGCCGGAGGUGCCAGGAGCGCGUGGUGCAGGACACGUUGCCGGCAGGCGCGGGAGAUGACGACGAGACAGUCACGCUGUUCGGUUGGGCGGCGCAACUGGUGGUAGCACGGAGGACGGAGCUGAUGUUGGACGGCGACCCGGACGUUGAGACAGUGGAGGACAAGCAGAGGGUGGAGCAGUUUGCGCGCGUGGCGCUGUGGUACAUGGAGCCCAACCCGCCGCUGCGGCCAACCAUGCACCAGGUGGUGCAAAUGCUGGAGACCAGGAAUCAGGCUCAGAUUCAGGCAGCACUCCCUGACCGUCCGGACUGUUACAUAGAAUCCUCACCUUUAAUUCCUCAGCUCAAGAUUGAAUGAGAUGUGCUACAGAGGCCUUGCUAUUUUGAUUGAAAGAUACAGAUUUAUUGGUCUAAAUGAUGUUGCAACGUUGGAUAGUUACUGAUCUAAGGCCCUGUUUGUUUCAUAAGUCCUAGGACUUUUUUAAGUCUCA